UUCCGCCGCCGCCGCCGCCGUGGUGCCUUAAAAGGAAAAGUGAACGACUCUUGACCAUUAGCAUGUGUACCUACAACAUCAUGGCGUCUAUAACCAAUAUCAUAAUUUUGAUCACCGCAAUCAUUGUAAUAAGCGGGGAUGCACUCUACGUCUUGAGUAACGAUACGGACCAACCCAACACUCGGGUUUCCGAUACGUCGUCCUACGUGAAGCGGGAUCCUCCUUACAUGAGAAGAUGUGAUGGCAUUAUUGGCAUUUUUGGCUGUGUUACAACCGAUAGAAGUCUUGUUUAUCCGAUAAACCAUGACUAUUAUGACGUGAUGCGACCAAAGGACCCAAGUUCUCCCAACACAGGGUACGUCAUCAGCAAGCAUGGAAGACUGAGGGAACGACGACAAGCUGUAGUUAAGACUAAAGGUUCAGAUGAUGGACCUAUCGUGGUCAUGUCACUCCUCGCCAGACCCAAUUCUCCGCUAAGAUCUAUGAUAAGAAACAGAAAUCCCCGAUCGUCCUCAAUACCAGAGACAUCUUCCAAUAAAAACACUAACGUGGUGGUACGCCAGACGCCUGUCAGUAGUCGACCACCAAAGGUUGAGCCCAUUGGUAAAAAUCUUAUUUUGACGUUCUUGACUACUCUUUAUUCGCCGUACGCUUUGAUUUAUUAACCAAGAUUUUGAUCAAAGUGGGGAAAUGAAUUAUUCUUGAAAUUAAUAAUACAA